AUGCCAAUAUCCGGCAUCCUGCCCGUUGCCGUGACAACCCGGCGGCUGUUGGGCUACAGCGAGCGCAGGGCGCUCUUCCCCCCGCAGCUCCUGUCCAACGUUGCCAUCUACCUGUGCGCCAUCACCGUGGGCACCAUGUCCUACUACAUGGCGGACCGCAAGCACCGCAAGGCCUUCCUGGAGGCGCGCCAGUCGCUCGAGGUCAAGCUCAACCUGGAGGAGCAGAGCCGGCAGCAGGAGCGCCUGAUGCUCUCCAUCCUGCCCAAGCACGUGGCCGACGAGAUGCUCAAGGACAUGAAGAAGGACCCCAGCCAGAAGGAGCUGCAGCAGUUCAACACCAUGUACAUGUAUCGGCACGAGAACGUCAGCAUCCUCUUCGCCGACAUCGUGGGCUUCACGCAGCUGUCAUCGUCCUGCAGCGCCCAGGAGCUGGUGAAGCUGCUCAACGAGCUCUUCGCCCGCUUCGACAAGCUGGCGGCGAAGCACCACCAGCUGCGCAUCAAGAUCCUCGGCGACUGCUACUACUGCAUCUGCGGGCUGCCCGACUACCGGGAGGACCACGCCGUGUGCUCCAUCAUGAUGGGGCUGGCCAUGGUGGAGGCCAUCUCGCGCGUCAUCGACGCGUCGCAGAACGAGCAGGAGCUCAACAAGCUGCUCAACGAGGCGCUGCUGGAGCGCGAGUCCCUCCAGGCGUUGAAGGGGAAGAGCACCUUCCGCCUCUCCAUGCGCUUCAUGGACCCCGAGAUGGAGACGCGCUACUCGGUGGAGAAGGAGAAGCAGAGCGGCGCGGCCUUCAGCUGCUCCUGCGUCGUCCUCUUCUUCACGGCGCUGGUGGAGAUCUGCAUUGACCCCUGGCUGGUGGCCAACUACGUGACCUUCGUGGUGGGGGAGAGCCUGCUGCUCAUCCUGACCGUCUGCUCCCUGGCUGCCGUUUUCCCCAGGGUCUUUCCCAAGAAGCUCGUGGCCUUUUCCACGUGGAUCGACCGGACCCGCUGGGCGCGCAACACCUGGGCCAUGGCGGCCAUCGUCAUCGUCACCAUGGCUGACAUCGUGGACAUGCUCAGCUGCCGGCAGGACUACGUGGGGCUUGGCAACGGCACGGCGCCGCGCGCGGGCGGCUGCGGCGAGCACCCCAAGUACUACAGCUACAUCGCCCUGCUGGCCCUGGUGGCCACCAUCAUGCUGGUGCAGGUCAGCCACAUGGUCAAGCUGACCCUCAUGGUGCUCAUCACCGGGGCGGCCGGCGCCGUCAACAUCUACGCCUGGGAGCACCUCUUCGACCAGUACGACCAGCGGCGGGGGCCGCACCACGCGCCUGUCCGCACCGGUGCCGCAUGGGAUGCUCCCGGUGCGCCGCGGCACCCCUGUCCCUCCCGCCCGCAGGUGGAGAAGUUGGCCAGGACCCUCUUCCUCUGGAAGAUCGAUGUCCAUGACCAGAAGGAGCGGGUCUACGAGAUGAGGCGCUGGAACGAGGCGCUCGUCACCAACAUGCUGCCCGAGCACGUGGCCCGGCACUUCCUGGGCUCCAAGAAGCGGGACGAGGAGCUGUACAGCCAGUCCUACGACGAGAUCGGCGUCAUGUUCGCCUCCUUGCCCAACUUCGCCGACUUCUACACGGAGGAGAGCAUCAACAACGGGGGCAUCGAGUGCCUGCGCUUCCUCAACGAGAUCAUCUCCGACUUCGACGCGUACAACACCAAGAAGGAGACCCUCUCGGAUAAGGAGCGCUGGCAGCACUUAGCCGAUCUGGCCGACUUUGCCUUAGCCAUGAAGGUGACGCUGAUGAACAUCAACUACCAGUCCUUCAACAACUUCAUGCUCCGCAUAGGCAAGUCCGCCCAUGGGGAAGGCUUGGGAGGUUCCAGGGGGCCGAUCGGUGCCCGCAAGCCGCACUACGACAUCUGGGGCAACACGGUCAACGUGGCCAGCAGGAUGGAGUCCACGGGCGUCAUGGGGAACAUACAGGUGGUGGAGGAGACCCACCUCAUCCUCAAGGAGUACGGCUUUCGCUUCGUGCGCCGCGGGGCCAUCUACGUCAAGGGCAAAGGGGAGCUGCUCACCUUCUUCCUCAAGGGCCGCGAGAAGCAGGGCUCCUUCCUCAACGGCUCCUCGGUCACCCUGCCCCACCAGGUGGUGGACAGCUCGUGAG